GCAACAAUUAAAAACAACGAAAUAAAUUUACGGAAAAUAUCAAAAUAUCAAAACAUCUUGUGCAUUUAAUAUUUAUCACUAUUAUUAUUGUUAUUAUUAGUAUUUAUUGGAUUAAUUUUCUGUCUUGUUCUCUUGUCUGCGGCAAGAGACAGUCAUCUGUGUGUAGUGCAGAAGUCUCGAUUCUCGUUACGUAGCUCGACAACCUCAGCAUCAUGCGAAUGAAAGAGUAGAGGGAGCUAUUGAAGAAGAAGAGCAGGAAGCCGGUUCGAUUGAUACAUACGGGUGAAUUUGUCUGGAGCAAUCAUUUCUCCUCCUCCAUAGCUAAAAGCAGAUGAUUCCGCAAGGAUCAUGUGCUCGAUUAGCUUCAGUUUGUUUGAGUGCAGUAGGAAACCUCUUGUUGGAAAAUGGUUGAAGUUCUUUGGAAUCAAGUUCGGAACUUUGUUCUGAGCAGCAAUUGAGCUAUUGGUUCUGUUCUUAUACAAUUGAAGAGCUUGAACAUUGCUCCAAUGACGGAGGAAAAGAGUGAAACUUGCAAAGAGAAGUAUGCAGCUGACCUUUCCUCCAUUAGGGAUGCGCAUUCUCGAAUCAGUUCAUUCACACACAAAACUCCAGUUAUGUGUUCAGAAUCGAUCAAUGCAAUUGCCGGAAGAAGGCUGUUUUUCAAGUGUGAAUGCUUUCAGAAAGGUGGAGCAUUCAAAUUCAGAGGAGCUUGCAAUGCCAUUUUUUCUCUUCCCGAUGCUCAAGCAGCAAAAGGAGUUGUCACACAUAGCAGUGGGAAUCAUGCUGCAGCUUUGUCCUUGGCUGCGAGUUUACGAGGAGUUCCAGCAUACAUAGUCAUACCAAGAAAUGCUCCGAAAUGCAAAGUGGACAAUGUUGUUCGUUAUGGUGGUAAGGUUAUAUGGAGCGACGCCACAAUGCAGUCUAGGGAAAGCAUUGCAACCAAAGUGCUGCAAGAAACUGGGGCAGUUCUCAUACAUCCAUUUAAUGAUGCUCGUAUAAUAAGUGGACAGGGUACUAUAUCGUUGGAGCUUCUGGAGCAAGCCCCAGAAAUCGACACCAUUAUAGUUCCCAUAAGCGGUGGUGGACUCAUAUCAGGUGUGGCAUUGGCAGCAAAAUCCAUCAAUCCUGCAAUUCGAAUUUUAGCAGCUGAGCCCAAGGGAGCCAAUGAUGCAGCUCAGUCAAAAGCAGCCGGUCGGAUAAUCACUUUGCCCGAGACCAACACAAUCGCUGAUGGCCUUCGAGCUUUUCUUGGAGAUCUCACAUGGCCAGUUGUGCGAGACUUUGUCGAUGAUAUUAUAGUUGUAGAUGAUUCCGAGUUAAUAGAAGCAAUGAAGCUCUGCUACGAAAUUCUUAAGGUGGCAGUGGAACCAAGCGGAGCCAUUGGCCUUGCAGCUGUUCUAUCAGAAAGUUUCCGAUCCAAUACCACUUGGAACUCUUGUACGAACGUAGCAAUUAUUCUCUCGGGAGGUAAUCUCGAUUUGGGAGCACUUUGGAACUCUUACAUGAAAUGAUAGUUGAAAUUAUUCGGGAGGUAAUCUCGAUUUGGGAGCACUUUGGAACGUAGCAAUUAUUCUGUCUUAGUGAUUGGAACAAAAGGGUGGCUGCUUAGUCUUGCAUAACGCUGGAACACCGAGAUUUUCUCUAGUUUUCGGCAUUGCUAAUUUGAAAAAUUGCAGCAAUUGCGUAAA